UAGUAAUACAACAUGCUGAUCACCUGUUUCUAGAUAUUUUCAAGUGCAUGAAGAUUCUCCACGUGGUUCAUUUUAAAUUUCAAUUAUUUAUCAGUGAAACGGCUAAAAAAUGUUGAAUUCAAUUAAAGAAUAAAUAAAUUUAAAAACAAUUACGUAUUGAUAAAAUGUACCUACGUUAUUUUUUUGAUAAGAAAAUUCAUUUAUCAAAGUCACUGAUGAUGCUUAUUUAUAUAUUUUUUUUACUGAUAUCAGUGAGUGUGAUAAAUAGUGAGACUUGUGAUUCAUAUGGAUGUCCUCAUCCACCACGUUACGAGCCAUUUGUUCCUGCACCACCUGGCAACACACCUCGAUACAACUUAUCAGGUAUUUAGUUGACAAAUGUAGUUUUAAUUUUGCUACAGUAUUGAGAGAUGAGUCUGAAUUUAAUUUUAAUUCAUACAGGAGAAAACCUGAAUAUCAUAAAGGAUAUGAUAAUCAAAGGCAAUAUUUUUCACAACCUGUAACGUUUUUACGUCCCACAUAUCCUUUUGUUGGUCAUUCACCAGUAAUUUAUGGUUCAUUAUCCAAUAAAACUGCAAAUGAAGGGUAUAAUUAUUCACCUCCUCCUAAAAAUUCUAAAAAUCCAUUACUCCUGGAAUCAAGAUCAAAAUUUGAGCGGAGUACAUCCUUUGCUACAUUUUAUCAGCAUCCAGAUUGGUGGACCACCAGUAAACAACGAGGAAGGAAAAAGAGACAAUCAAGUUCUGAUACAAUUUCACUGUGUGAAACAAGAACACAGUAUAUUGCACCAAGGGCAGCUUUAAAUAAUCGUGGAAAUUGGAUGUAUAUAGUUAAUAUUGCUGACUCAAAAGAAAAACAUUCACAGCUUGUUAAAAGUGAAAUUUGCACUUCAACACAGUGUGAUGGUAUUUGUUCACUUCCAGUUGGCUACUCAAGUAAAUGUGAACAACAGUAUGUACAAAAACGACUUGUUGCACUUGAAGGUACUGGUGAUCGUCUAUAUACAGAUGUAUUUUGGUUUCCUCACGGUUGUUCUUGUCAAAUCCUUACAAGUUUUUAGUGAAAAACAGAAGUUUUUUUACCUUUAAAGGUAAAUAAUAACAACAACUCUGAAGGAAAUACGUUUCUUUGAAAUCGAGUUAAAAAAAUUGAAAAUUUUAAAUGAUUACAGAUGAUAAU